CCAGAGCAGAAGUGGUCCCUGCCCCUCUGCCAGGACCCAUUCACCUCCUCAAGGCCACCCUGUGACGGCUGCACAGGCACAUGACUGUAAUCACCAGCGGUGGAAAACUUUCCAUGGGUGGCAGUUGCCACCAAGGUCUGGAGCAGAGCAGCAGCUCUGCACUGUCACCCAAUGCCCGACGUCCCCGUCCCUCAGGACACUGCCCCCGGGGAGGCAUAGAAGGACUGGAAGUGAGUUGCCUGACACGUCCCUGUGGCUGGGAGCUUAUUUCACUCUGUGCAUGUUCUUUGUUGCUCCAGGGCGAUGCUGAGGCCACCGCGCCGCUGCAAGGACCACACCACUGGUGUCCUUAGCUUUCCCUGGUGGCAAAGCCUUGCAGGCUCAGUGCUCCUUCCCCCGGGAGCAGUGACGUGCAGCAGCUACCCCGAGGUGCAAACACACAGCUUUCCAUGAAGCAGAGCCAGCCUGGAGGAAUGUGUGGCCAGCUGUUGUCCUGGGCCUGGCUUGUGCCCUCCAGCACUUCCCACCCGGCACUACCCGGGGAGGGAAGCGGGGCUGGCUCACCCUCCACACUCCCUGCACCGGGCAAGCGGGUACCACCUUGGGCUGAAUAGCAGCGGUGGAGCCCAGCAGCAUCCUGCUGCCUCUGCAGGGAUCCUCUUGGGCAGCGGAGUUUUCCCCACCCCCAGCUCUGCCGCUGCCUCUUUGUUUUCUGGCAGAAGCCUCUGUGCCUUUUCAUUGCCGUUGAGGCGGCGAGCAGGAGCCUCCAUGUGCCGUAAGUGCGCCUCGCCGGGAAUGUGAUGCGGGCUGGCAAUCCUGCCGGGACGGGCAUCUCCCUCGCAGGGCUCAGAGCCGAGCCGGCACCUUCGAGGGUCUCCUUUCCAUGGGCUGUUCCUCCGGUCAAGGCAGGCUUCGAGGUCACCGGUUUCCUCCUCACACCCCUCUCUUGCGCUGGCAGCGUUUCUGCACCUUGCCACAAGUGGAGCAUCAAAGCUGCAGUGCUGGUGGAUUAUGGCUGCAGGGGAGCUGUGUUGAAUCUGCAAAUCUCUGUCAUGCAUCAAGGGCGCAUCUGAUCAGGCAUCACCUUCCUGCCCUUCUGGAAAGCAUCUGAACCACCCCAGCCCUGCAUCCUCUGCUUUCCUUCCCUCAGAGCCACUGUGGAAACUGAAGAGCUGGAGAGGACGGUGUGGAGGUUCGGAGGCACACCGUGAUGGUGGGAGCCAUUCCACGGCAGCCACGCCGCUUCUGGGGGGUGCCUGGCUGGCUGGUGUCUUCAGCUAAUUGUGCCAACAGCCACCCGCUGCGGGACAGGGAAGUUAAUCCAGAGCAACCCGGGGUUCUGCUGCAGAGAGAUGCUGUGCUGCAGUGCAUCCCAUAGUGGAGGGCUCACCCAGGCAUCCUGAGUGAGGGGAGGUCCAACUCCCACCCCUGUCUUUAUACCGUGACCUGUGGCACUUUAUAGUCCCCCUUCUACUACUGCAUGGGCUGUUGUGACUCCGGCUCCGCUCGGAGUCCAGGAAAGUGAGGCUCCAUGAGGCACAUCCACGCGGAGACAUCCCUGCCCCCGGAGCGCAGCGCAGACCCCAGCCUGUCCCAUCCCAAUGGAGAGGCACCCUUGGAGGCUUCUUCACAGCACUGCACCCACCGCAGCAUCCUCAUGGGCUACAAUGAGACAGAGAUCAAGCGCCAGAAGGUUUAUCAGGUCUCUAUCUUCUCGCAUCUCUCCAGCUCCUCGGGGAGCGCAGAGCAGCGGGCAGGCAGCCGGGCGGCUGUCAAAAGGGGAUACCCCGAGCAGCGAACUACAGAGGGAGGGCGAGACCCCAAACGAACUCAAUGGGGUGUCGGAGGGGUGGAUGGCAAGUGCGAUGUGGGCCCUGGGCAGGCUCCCCUGGAUGAUGAUGAUACCUUUGAGGAUGGUCUAUUGGUGGAGGAGCUCUCCCUGUGCGGCUCUGCCCAGCACUUCUCCCACAGCGGGCUGCGGGUAGUGGAGCACCGGUGUGAGAGCAGCCCUAGCCACAGCCCCAAGGCCAGAAGAGAGGACAAGUUGCAGGACGUCUCCUCUUCCUCCUGGCCCCAGCACAUCGCCUGCAGUACUUUGCACAUGAGAGAUGGUUGCCCUGUCUCUUCUGGGGAUCAGCCCAUAGACUAUGGGCAGAAUGGAGAGCGGGCAAGUGGCCACAACUUACUUCACCUUGAUUUGCACAAUAUUGCACACGCAGCCCAGUUGGACUCUGGUGGAAAGAAAGAGAAGCCGGGGAGCAGCCCAGGUCACAGCAGCAGGGCUAAUGGAGAAGAGGGAUGGCCAGUAGCGGCCAAUGGGUGCAAGGAGCCCGCAACUCCACAGAGAGCGCUCAGCCCUGAGCCCGGCAAUGUGAGCUCCCUGGACAAGACACCCUGUGGGAGCAGCCAGUUCAGUGCCAGCAGCUGCCCGGCCAAGAGGAAGCUGCUGCCCGCUGGUGAGGUUGUGGCCGACUCCUGCUCCGAGGAUGAGAGCUUGUCCCCACCAACAAGGAAGAAGAGGGUCCUGCCGUGCCAUCCUGUGCCCACAGCCUGCCGCAGCACCGAUGCCAAGGGAGCUCCUUUCUGGAAUCACCUGCUUCCCAUGGCCAAGAGCUCUGUGGACUGUACUUCAAUAGGGAGGAGGCUGAAGAGCGGGCUGCGUCUCAAAUCGCGACAUCUCCAGAGCAGCCUCCGGCGGGGCACCAGGUCCUCCUCAGCGCCCUGGGCCACCACCACCAUCAGCCAUGCUCUGCUGGGCAACUUUGAGGAGUCCAUCCUGAAAGGGCGCUUUGCACCGUCGGGGAGGAUCGAGGGUUUCACAGCAGAGAUCGGUGCCAGUGGCUCCUAUUGCCCCCAGCACGCCACCCUGCCCGUUGAUGUCACCUACUUCGACGUCUCCGAACACAGCGCGCCCUCGCCUUUCCUGGGAGUGAUUGACUUGGAGGCCUUGGGAAAGAAGGGUUACAGUGUCCCCAAAGCUGGAACCAUCCAAGUGACCUUAUUUAACCCCAACAAGACAGUGGUGAAGAUGUUCUUGGUGACAUACGACUUCCAGGACAUGCCUGCCAACCACAUGACCUUCCUGCGCCACCGCAUCUUCCUUGUGCCAGUGGGAGAGGAAGAAGGGGCCACCAUGGCCCCCAGCGACCCAUCAGGCACCGGCCCACCGCGCAGGGUCCUCUGCUACCUGAUGCAUCUAAGGUUUCACAGCUCCAAAUCGGGGAAGAUCUACCUUCAUGGCGACAUCCGACUGCUUUUCUCCCGCAAGUCAAUUGAGGUCGACUCGGGGAUCCCCUAUGAACUGAAAUCCUUCACGGAGAUGCCGAGGAACCCCUGCUACUCACCCCGGGCCUGACCUUCUCCAUCCCCCGGGGCCACCAGGGAGCCUCCAGCCCAGCACUUUGGGGAGUGAUGAGUGAAGGGCCAGCAAGCAAGCACUGCCUUGAAGUUAUCACCCUCCCCAAGUGCCACUGUGCUCCUAAGCAGUGCGGACACUGUGCCCUGCAGCAGGGCUGGCAUCACCAACCAGGCUUGGGGAACAGCCCUGGCAUUCCAGGGACAUGCUGCCCUUCUGGCAGCGCUGCUCGCACCUUGGACACUUGGCUGUAGCUGUGGGGGGAGUGAAGAGUUAUGCAGUGAAGAGCUGCCCAUGCUGGUCCCAGGACUGGGAGCAGAAAGUGUGGGAGAGUUUGUAUUUAUUAGUAUUUAUUGUUGCUGGGAGCUCAGAGGAGGCUUGUGCAGAGGAUCGGAGGUGCUGUGCUGUUCUUCUCCCCAUACCAUUGGUGAGGGAUGAGGCCCCUGGCAGCGCAGGGGAUGGGGCAGGGUGACUGGGGAUGGGAAGGGUGAAUGGGGAUGGGGACGCUUGUGGAAGAGAGGAUGACUCACCACGAGCCAGGGUGCAACUCCUGCGCUAGGGCUGUGUUAAACCCCUAGGAGAGGCUGAGGCUUGCUGGGCACCAGCUCUGCAGGGCCAGCCCCCCUCCACGCAGCUUGGGGAGGCUGGGGCUUGUCCCCUGACUCCUUUAGGGCAAGACAGACCUUAAAGGGGUCUGGUUUUGGCAGUGAAAUGGCCACUGAUGGUCCUUGGGCUAAGAGACAUGGAUGGGGAGCCUGGGAGAAGGUGGUGAUUGCCAAAGAACCGGAGCCUUGCGCCUCUGCAUGGUGUGUGUGGAAGGGGCUUUGGGCAGCGUGGAGGGUGCUGGAGGGUGCUGGAGGGCGGGCAGGAGCCCUGGUUUAGUCCCUGGGAAGAGGGGACGCAGCAGAGGACAUCAAACAGGAGUCGGGACGCACCUUCAUGAAGGGUUUUGGGGAUAUAUGGAGCACCGGCACGGGGUGGGUCAGAGGGGUGAGAGAGGAUCGAGACAUCGAUCCGGAGCGUGUCCCUCUGCCCGGGGUCCGCUGGGGCUGGGGGCCGGGUCCUCCCCAGGCACCGGGGAACUGCGCCGGUACUUCGCGUGUUCGAUACUAACUUAAUAAACACCCGUUUGGAGAUUGA